ACAAAAUCCGUUGCACUUUGUUUGGGGGAGAUCAAGUGGAGGCCUUUGAAGAUAUAAUAGAGCUUAAAGGCCAAUACGAAAUUACCAAUGGUCCUUUAAAUGUGUUAGAGGAGCCAUGGGACAGCAACUAUGGUGAGUUGCCGUUGCAGCUAACUAUUGAUCAGGGAACUACUGUACGGUGACUAGAUGCAGCGGGUGGUCAAGUUCUGCCAAAUUAUCAACCGCUUGGGGAUAUUCCACGCGACAUUGAUGCUGUUGGAAAAUAUGAUGUUGUUGCUGUGGUCUUAUUUGUUGAAGAGCAGCCUCGCGAAAUUAUUUCUUCGAAUGGCAGACGGAACUAUGUUCGUGAGAUAGUUAUUAUUGAUCAGAGCAAUGUGCAACCUGUUACAGUCUCUGUCUGGAAUGAACUAACAGAAGGAGAUUGUGAACAAUUGCGCAAUUGGGCUGGAACAUUCCAAGUUGUAGGAUUUACAUCACUGAGGCCUGUUACUCGAAGAGGUUUUUCACUGACAUCUGGAAUGUCUACAAGGAUCAUCCAUAAUCCUAAGGGUGAUAGAGCUAAUGUCCUUCGGGAAUGGGCAUAUUUAUAUAUGACUAUGCUCAUGGAUAAACAAGCUAGAGUUCUUCAAGUGAAAUAUCCAUCUAACAACAAAUUGCUUUUAACAAUUGCUGAGGUUGGACUUAAAAAGGCAUGCAAUGCUGUGCAAGACGAGCGUUUUUGGUUAAGAGUGACAAUUCCUUAUCCUAGCUUAGAUAAGCUUCAUACAUAUGUAGGUUGCAACACUUGCUCAGCUCCCUGUGACAUUCCAGGUGGAGCACAUUACCAAUGUUCAAUCUGUAAAAAAAUUGAUCGCACAGCAUCUUACAGGGUCUAUUUUGAGUUCGAAGCUGCAGAUGGAACAGGGACCAUGUCAUUUACAGCCUUAAACGAUGACACUGAAAAGCUAUUUGGAAUGACUGCUUCAGAAAUUAAUUCUUGUAAAACCACUGGAAAUCUGGCAGUAGCCGACCACAUACAAUUUUUGGUUGAGACCAAAUCAGUGCUGAUCAAAAUAGGGCCAACUACAGAGUUGUCACGGUAUAAUGUAUUAAACUGGCAAGUUAAAGGUCUGGAGGUUGAAAGAACAACACCGGAUUCCAUUGUGAAAGCCACAUUAAAGAAGUUAGAUGAAGAGCUCAAUGAUCUACUUGACAGGUCUGAAGAAAUCAAGUAUUCAGACAACAACGAGCUUACUGUGUUCUACUCUGAAGAUGCAGCUUUUGCAUCUGUGGCAUCAGUUGCCCAGCCUACAUUAUUUAGUAGAUAUUUUGGUGUUCACAUGUCUUUCCCAGAACAUGAAACAAAAGGAGAACACUCUGGUGCCUCUACAAAUAUUGCUCUCGAGGAAGAAGAUAACAAGAUGGGUGUUGCUACUCCUCAUAAGUGAAAAGCAACUGUUGGUGGUACCUUUAUACCAAAUCUUGAUCAACCUUGAAGUAUUUUGGUUUUUGCAAUGGUGCCUUUUGGUUAAAUAGAGUAGACAAGUAUGCAGCAUUAGUACAAACACUUUUUAUGCAGCUGUUUUAUUAGCCUUUUGCUUUUUGUUGGAGUCUGUGAGAAUUCUAAUAUUAUGAUUCUCGUUUAUGUGCUUGGGGGUGUUUUUAAAAAGCGUAUACAUUGAGAUGCGUUUUAAUCAAACAUCCUUGUAUAAAACGUUAAUUAAAUCUUUUGAGGUGUUCAAAAAGAAUAUAAACUUAAGGGUGUGUACCUAAGAAACGCUUGUUGUAUUUUUAUUGUUAUAUAUGCAGUUUCCUUUGA